AUGCCCGUCGGUACCUGCUUGUCGAGCAAUGGCGAUGUUGAUAUUGAUGUUGAUGUUGAUGAGGAUGUGGAUGUGGAUGUGGAUGUGAAUGUGAAUAUGAAUGUGGAUGUGGAUGUGGCUCUUCCCACCGGGCCGUCCGUAUCGCUUGCACCGGCUGUGUCAGUUAAGUUGGUCAAAGUCUUCUCUUUCUUCUCCUUCACUCUUCCCUUUGAUUCUCUGACCGCCCAUGUCACAUCUUAUCCCGCCAGGCAAAUCAAGUCACGACAAGCCACGCUUUGCACCGAGAAGCAGAGGGGGGACGCGGUGGGUGGUCGAGCACUGGUGGAAAGGCGAUCUGAUAAGAUCUUGGUAGAUCUUGGGCAUCCGAGAUCGGCCCUUGGCAUUGGCAGUUCUCGGAUCAUGGACCCCACAUCAAAUCCGCCACCCCUUCCCACCCAAAUAUGCCCGGGCAAGAAGGAGAUCUUUUACCCUUCGACCCUUCUACCUACGCAUCUUCCAUCUCUUGCUGACGACUUCCUACUUCCUACUCCGGUCAAGGUCCCUCGCCAAAUAAACCCCGGCCGAGCCCAAUCCAGCCCAACUCCUUUUUAUAAGCACACACCUCUCUCCUACCUUUCUGUUCUUUUCUUUCUUUUCCCUUUCUUCUUCCUCCUCUUCCUCUUCAUCCUCGACUACACCACACACCUCUUUUCCUUCUUGACACCACUACUACCAUCCGUCACCGUCACCAGUUCCUACUUCGACGCUGCAUCCUCCUCCUUUCAACCCCCUAUCAACCUCCGAUCAACCAUCACCAUGACGCGCCCGAUAGCCCUCCGUACUAUGACCACCUCCCACUGCAUCCCGAAAGAACCCGUCACGUCUGAAUCUGCCGUCCCAGCCCUGAGCUACUCCUCCUCUUCUUCCGCCGACGAGAUCGAAGAGCCUCCCCGCCCCCGUCGCGCCUCCACCAAGCUCAUCUCCCAGAAUGCCGCCGACCUGCAGAGACUUAUCGGGGAGCCGGGCACUCGGCUAGUGGAGAAGUGCUGUGGUGGCGGAUGCUGCAUGGCGGUUCAGAAGACGGAUGGCCUGAGCUUCGAGCGCGUUCCGGUCCCCGAUAAUGACGCCUUUAAAGCGCUGGGCUUGAAAAUUGGUCCUAUCCCGGCGACCCUGUCUGGCAUUCCUGAUCUGCCUCCUCAGCAUGUCCAUAUUGAGAGCAUCAAGAAGGGUGCGGCGAUCCAACCACCGGCGGACUCGGGUACCUCUUCGCCAGAGCUUUCUACGGCCAUUGACUUCACCCCCCAUCCAUCCAACGAGCCCGUCAAGAUCGAUACCCGAGUCCACCCUCCCAGCUUCGUCCAGCCGCACCCCCCUUAUGAUGUCUACUCAGCCAAGAUCCAUUCCGCCCGCGAGCUGACGAAACCCGGCGCCGAGAAGAGAACAUACCAUUUUGACCUCGAUGUGACAGACUACCCCGAGGAGUCGGGCGUGGACUUCAAGGUGGGAGGAGCCAUCGGAGUGAUGGCACCCAACGAGAGCUCUGUUGUGGAUGAUCUGUUCGACCUCCUCCUCGUACCCCGUUAUCUGCGCGAUCGUGACAUCCUCCUCAAGACCGACAGCGGCAGAUGGCCUACCGUGUGGGGUGAGGACCAGGCCCGCGAGAUAACGACCACCCGCCGCGUACUCCUCACCUGGUGCAGCGACGUCCAGUCCUACCCUCCAACCAAGCCUCUGCUGCGCGUCCUCGCCGAAUACGCCUCCGAUCCCAACGAGAAGAAGAUACUGCUGUUCCUCUGCUCAGCCGAAGGCCAGGGCGCUUUCUGCGACUUGAGAACCGGCUCCCACAUCACCGUCAACCAACUCCUGCACGCCUUCCCCUCUUCGAAGCCACCCCUCGAUACCCUGCUCUCACACCUUCAGCAGCUGAUGAUGCGCUUAUACAGCUUGUCCAACGACCCACAAGAGAACUGCGUGUACAAGGACGGUUGCCGUCGCUUGAUUGAGUUUGCCGUGACCGUCCACGAGACUCCCGACUGGCGUGGUGGUCCCCGCACCGGGGUUGGAUCGGGCUUUUUUGAGCGUCAGGCGAAGGAGUUCAUCGAGGCCGAGAAGAGAGGGGAGAAGAUUGAUCUGCGGGUGCCCAUGUUCAAGGGCUUGAUGGCCAAUCCGCUCGCGAAAGAAUUCGUGUCGGACGGCCCCAUGCUGCUGAUUGGUGCUGGUGUCGGUAUCGCUCCGUUUCGCGGUUUUGUGCAACGCCGGCUCAAGAACGCCAACUGCGCGAAUAAAGUCUGGGUCCUGCAGGGUGUUCGAGAUUCUCUCCUCGACGAGCUAUACUCGGGCGAGUGGGGGAUGCACGAGAAGGAGGUGAAGAAGGUGGUGCAGUCGCGAAAGCACACGGGCAAGGGCAAGUAUGUCCAGGACGAGGUUCGGGCCCAGGCCGACCUGGUGUGGUUCAUCAUCAACGCUCUGGAUGGCCGCGUAUUUGUCUGCGGCAGCAGUAAAGGCAUGGGAGAGGGCGUCGAGGAGGCCCUGAUCGAUGCUGUCAUGCUGAAGGGCAACCUUGUGCGCGAGGAGGCGGAGAACUUCUGGAAGCUGAAAAGGGAGGCUGGGCAGUACAUUUCCGAAACGUGGUAG